AUGGCAAUAGGUUGUCAUGAGGACGGAGACCUUCUCUCUUCGACUAUGAACAGCGGAAUGAAUCUCUCUCUCUCUCUCUCUCUCUCUCUCUCUCUCUCUCUAUUUCUCCCCUCCCUCCCUCUCUCUCUAUUUCAACUAUUUUUAUGGGGUGACGAUGAUGUAGACAGUCAUGGCGAAUCAUUCUACGCAAAUGAAUCGAAUGAUGACGAUGAGGUUUUCGCGGACACUAUCCCAGCUGAUAUGCUAACGCACACAGCCCCUCUCCUAACAGAAGCUCCCAGCACCUUACACCCAAAUUUCUCAACCUCCGAUUCGAACUCUCUAAGCCGGGACGACGUCCACGGUACAGCUCUUUCAUGUUCACACUCGUCGUUGUCUUCUUCUCUUCAAACAGACGACAACGGGUCCUCCCCAUGCGACGUUUGCACCAGCAGUUCACGCCAUUGUACCUUCUGCAACAGAAAUAACGCAAAUUCCAAUCAAUUAGCGCACCAAAGUUCAAAUAUGACUUCACAAUCCACAGACAACGAUCGGGACCGGUUGGAAAACGACCAACCGUUGGCCGGUCGCCGACGUCAUUGUUCGAGUGAUACUGACGAAGAUUCUCUGGGAGGUAAUGCAACUAGUGGCCAAGAUUCUGUCGCCAGCGGUAACCAGUUAGCAGUAACAAAAAAGAAACAGCCACCUCCAAAGGGUCAGCGAAAACGGCCACCACGGAAGACAAUAGAUCACACCGGUGGAGUCUUAGCGACCACCUUUAUGCUUAGUUCAUUUACAUUCUGCGCUCUCUGCAUAGACACAUCGCCGGAGAUCUUCAUUGUAGCUAUUUUCAUGGCUGCAUUCAUGUUUCAAGUAAUCCAACAAUUAAAUUCUAUGUAA